AUGGUCACCGGACUUUUCCUCUGCCGGGGAGACCUCUCGCCGGAAGCUUGUCGUACCCGUGUCGACUUUUCGGUCGAUGAAAUUUUGAGUCGGUGUCCCAAUGAGACUCAAGCUGUGCUCUAUUCCGAUGAUUGUAUGCUUAGAUACUCUGACGAGAAUAUUCUCUCGACCCUCACAACUGAUAGAGGAGUGAUGAUGCCGAGCCCCCGGAAUGUCUCACUUAACCAAUCAGACCAGUUCAAAGAGUUGGUCUUGACCACAAUGAAGCAAGCAGCCAAUGAAGCCGCGAGCAACAACAGAAAAUUCGAUGCGAGAAAAGUCAUUUGGACCGCACAGCAGACCUUGUACGGACUGGUUCAGUGCACUCCUGAUUUGACGAGACAAGACUGUUUGCGGUGUCUACAAAUUAGCAUUAAUCAGUUACCUACUGAUAAAAUUGGAGGAAGAGUUCUUUAUCCGAGCUGUAGUUCACGAUACGAGCUUUACCCGUUCUACAACGAAACCGACAUUGGAAGACCAUCACCACCGCCGGUUUCUACUCCUCCGGUGUCAGCUCCUCCGCGAUCUGGGAAAGGCGGAAAUUCAAAUGUUUUAGUGGUAGCCAUUGUUGUGCCUAUUGUAGUGGUUGUUCUGCUUUUCAUAGCUGGUUACUGUUUCCUUGCAAGGAGGGCUAAGAAGACUUCUAAUACUGCACCAGCCUUUGAUGGAGAUGAUAUAACAACCGUAGAGUCGCUGCAACUUGAUUAUCGAAUAAUCCAAGCUGCAACAGAUAAUUUUUCAGAAAAUAAUAAGAUUGGCCGAGGUGGAUUUGGAGAGGUUUACAAGGGUACAUUUUCGGAUGGGAGUGAAGUUGCGGUAAAGAGACUCUCAAAAUCAUCAGGACAAGGUGACACAGAGUUCAAGAACGAGGUUGUGGUUGUUGCAAAGCUUCAACACAGAAAUCUAGUUAGGCUUCUUGGAUUUUCUCUAGAACGAGAAGAAAGGAUAUUGGUCUACGAGUAUGUGCCUAACAAAAGUCUUGAUUACUUUCUCUCUGACCCUACAAAGCAAGCUCAACUGGACUGGACUCGAAGAUACAAGAUCAUUGGAGGGAUUGCUCGGGGGAUUCUAUAUCUUCAUCAAGAUUCACGGCUCACAAUCAUACACCGUGACCUCAAAGCGAGUAACAUCCUCCUUGAUGCGGUUAUGAAUCCGAAAAUUGCUGAUUUUGGAAUGGCAAGGAUCUUUGGAAUGGACCAAACCCAAGAGAACACAAGCAAAAUAGUUGGCACCUACGGUUACAUGUCUCCCGAAUAUGCGAUGCAUGGCCAGUUCUCAAUGAAAUCUGAUGUUUAUAGCUUCGGAGUGUUAGUUCUUGAGAUUAUCAGCGGUAGAAAGAACAGUAGCUUCUACGACGCAGAAGGCGCACAUGAUUUGGUGACAUAUGCUUGGAGGCUUUGGAGUAACGGAACAGCAUUUGACCUCGUGGAUCCAAUUAUUGUAGAUAAUUGCCAAAAAGGUGAUGUGGUUCGAUGCAUCCAUAUCGGUCUUUUAUGUGUUCAGGAAGAUCCGGUAGCACGACCGACCUUGCGAACCAUUUUCACGAUGCUCACUAGUAAUACCGUGACUUUACCAGUGCCUCGUCAACCAGGGUUCUUCGCUCAGAGUAGACCCGAAAUAGAUGCGCUUGAUUCAGAUCAAUCCACGAUGAGCAAGUCUGUUCCAAUGUCUGUUGAUGAUUCGUCGAUCACUGAUUUAUAUCCUCGUUGA